AGGUAAAGUGUCUGUGUGUGCUUAUGUUCCUGAGCUUCCCUCUGACUAUGGCUGAGGUCCCUGGUCCAUGCAGACACUCCAUCACUAGGGAGCACCUGCUGACAGUCGGGCAUUUGAUGGAUAACCAGUUGAGAAGUGGGUGCUCGAUAACCUACACAUUCAUAGAACAGAGAAGUUUGAGCAAAUGUUGCUUUGUAAAAGCUGCUUUACCCUGGAUCCUGGAGCUCCUCACCACCCACUUCAAAUAUAACAGGGGUUCAGUCAAUGAUGGCUACGUUCAGUCCUUGAGAGCUCUCAUCCUUAACAUCUACUCUCAGAAAUGUGUGCCUCAGAUUAAUGAAGAAGUUGAGGAUAAGCCAGAAAGUUUCGAAAUGCUCUACAGAGGGUCUCCUUCAGAGGCACUGCAGAGGGCUUCCGAAGUGCUGUCUGUUUACUGGGAGCUAGUGACGACGAGCGACACACCGGUAGACUGGAGAUGCCAGCAUGAAUACACAGAAGUCAUUAGCUCCACCACAGAGUUGUCCACAGAGUCAACCACACAACAUUAUACAGACAGUUAUGGCAAGAAGUCAGUGAAGGCUUCUCAGAGACGACCAGUCAAAGACCUGUACAAGCUCGGCUUCAUCAUUGCCUCCAUCUGCGGAGGACUGCUGUUCAUACUCACUCUCUACUGUCUCAUCACACAAAAGAAAACCCACAUCCCUCACAGUUCAAGAUCAUAUAAAAACUCAAGAGACCAGCAGGACAUAGAGAUGGAGCCACAAUAACGCAGUAAAGAGCACAUCACUGCAGCAGCAGACGGAGCAUUUGUGAAGCUGUACAUUUUAUCCAUCAUGAGCAAGUUUUCAUAUCAGUAACGUGUGUGUAUUGUAUCAUGCUGACCUGUUUAAUCGGAAGCUUCGCUUUGACUGAGAGCAAAGAUGGACC